CACAUAUGCAGUUAGCUCACCUCAGACAGUCCUGGUACGACCAACCGAUCAAACAAAAGCUUCAGAUUUUUGAAUUUCCGACGGUUGACUUCAAUUUCCAGAAAAGAAGUGUCUAACUCUAACGUUGGUUGAAAUGUUGAGUCUAAGAUUCAUUCUUUUGUUGGCUUUUGCAUCUUCGAUUUCUUCUUUUGAACCCCAAAUGGGAUCAACCCGUGUUGUCUUUCAGACAAACUAUGGAGAUAUUGAAUUUGGUUUCUAUCCAACUGUUGCACCGAAAACCGUUGACCACAUUUUUAAGCUUGUGAGACUUGGAGGCUAUAACACAAAUCAUUUCUUUCGGGUAGAUAAGGGAUUUGUAGCCCAAGUAGCAGAUGUUGCAAAUGGAAGAUCUGCUCCCAUGAAUGAGGAACAAAGAAGAGUAGCUGAAAAGACCGUUGUUGGUGAAUUUAGUGAUGUCAAACAUGUCCGGGGUAUUCUUUCCAUGGGAAGGCAUGACGAUCCAGAUAGUGGUGGAUCCUCUUUUUCAAUGUUGCUGGGAAAUUCUCCUCAUCUUGAUGGGAAGUAUGCAAUAUUUGGAAAAGUUACUAAAGGUGACGAUACAUUGACAAAGCUUGAGCAACUACCUACCCGUAGAGAGGGAAUAUUUGUCAUGCCAACGGAGCGCAUCACUAUCCUCUCAUCAUAUUACUAUGACACGGAGGCAGAAACUUGUGAGCAAGACAGAUCAGUUUUGAAGCGUAGGUUAGCUGCAUCAGCCAUUGAAGUUGAAAGACAGAGAAUGAAAUGCUUCCCCUGAUAGAAGCACGUAGAAUAUGGAGUUGGAAUGAAUGUUAUAUUGCUUUAUUCGAUUUUUGUAUACUGUCCAAGAGAAAUACUAUAUGAUAUCCAGAUAUUGGUGUUUGUUAAGAAUGAGAGAUGAGAAAUUAUUCUAAAUAUGCAAAAACAUGAACAAUAGCAGCUCAAUAUAAAAGGCUAAAUGUUGUUGAAAUGAAA